CCCCCCCUGGAAGGGGGGCGUGGAGGCAACCGGGAUCAGCCUGGGGCCAGCAUGAGCCGGAGGGAGGGAAGUCUGGAAAACCCCCAGGCUGACUCCUCAGUCUCAUCCCUUCCCCAGUUGGAGGCCAAGAUCCAUCAGACACAGAGCCUUGCCCGCCUCCUCACCAAAUAUGCUGAGCAGCUGCUCCAGGAAUAUGUGCAGGCCCAGGGAGACCCCUUCGGACUGCCGGGCUUCUCUCCUCCAUGGAUGCCUGUGGUGGGCUUGAGCGCUCCGGCACCCGGCCACGCGGGCCUGCCGGCGCCCGAGCGGUUGCAGCUGGAUGCCCGGGCAUUGGCCGCGCUGCCACCGCUGCUCGACGUGGUGCGCCGCCUGCAGGCCGAGCUGAACCCGCGCGCGCAGCGCUUGCUGCGGCGCCUGGAGGACGCAGCGCGCCAGGCCCGGGCCCUGAGCGCUGCAGUAGAGGCAGUUCUGGCUGCGCUGGGCUCAGAGCCCCGCGGGCCCUGGCCCGAGCCCGCCGCUGCCACAGCCGCUGCUACCACCGCUGGCGUCUUUCCCGCCAAGGUCCUGGGGCUCCGGGUGUGCGGCCUCUAUCUCGAGUGGGUGAGCCGCACGGAAGCCGACCUGGGCCAGCUGGUGCCCGGGGGCCCGGCCUGAGCGCGGGCGCGGUCCUCGGCUUGCUGGCACCUUCUCCUCACCUGUCUUCAUCUCUCCAUCUCUCUGUCUCUGUCUGUUGUCUCUUUUUGUCGUGUAUGCUCUCUGUCUCAUUUUUCUCUAGAGACCGUCUUGUCUCCAUAUGUGACUUUCCAUGUGCAUCAUAUUCUUGCUUUCUCUCUCUUUCCUCCGUCGCUUGGGUCUGCCUCAGUCUCUCUUAGUUCCCCCUCCCCUUUACCAGUUUCUGGGGGGCACUUUGUGCCCCUUUUUCCUCUCUUAUCUACUUUUGGCCCCAUAUAAGCACAUGUACAGCUCAACCUCAUCUCAAGAAGGGGACACCUUGUCACUCUGUUUCCCUCUGUCCCUCUCCCUCUCCCUUCCCCAUCACAUCCCAGCCCUCUCUCCCUCUCAUGCCCUUCCCCUCCGUCACUUCCCUCUGCCCUAUUCUUGCAUUUCCUCUUCCCCCAAGCCAGGUCUGUGAAGAGAAACAAUUUACACCUUAAAAGAGUUUCAUUUCUGAUAAUAAAUCAAUUUUUGUAAAUAAAAUGUUAAAAAAAUAAAAAGAACACAAAAGUUA